AUGAUGGACAUGGAGAUGGCCACACCAUGGCUCGAUCAGCCGGUGAUGCUUCAUUCGUCUCGUGCCGACAAAUGCAAAUUGACCGAAGCUCAAUGUCUCUAUCGCAAUUAUAUCUGGCGAUACUGGUACCAAGCCGACCAUGUUUAUGCAUUAAACACUGUCUACUUCAUGUGUGUGGUGAUUGGAGUGUUCGCGAUAUCAAACUUGCUUGUACGACUUGCUCCAGAUAGAGUAAAGCGGACUAGACUAUGGCGCAUGUUCACUUCCGCCUCACGAUACUUGUCUUAUCGUGGAUAUCGAUUGUCUGCACUGCAAUAUUGGUCUCCUGCGUUGGGUGUGGUGAUUCUGGGUGCUAUUGGCACUAUAUUCUUCUUUGGAAUGACACUCGGCCCACAACCAUAUUACUGGCCGACAGAUGCUUCUUAUGGAAGUAGUCCUCCAAUUGCGACUCGAUCGGGCUGGAUGGCUCUUGCGCUGCUUCCAUUUGUACUAGCAUUGAGCACGAAAGCCAACAUGAUCACUGGCGUGACUGGUAUUCCACAUGAGAAACUUCAAGUGUUCCACCACUGGACUAGCUAUGCGAUGUUUGUGUUAGCAUUAGUCCACACAUUCCCAUAUAUCGUGUAUCAUAUCAGGAAAGGGGACAUGAUGCAUCAGUGGAAGACAAGUGUGGUAUACUGGACAGGAGUUGUUUCUCUCAUCUCACAGGCAUAUUUAACCCUCAUGUCUUUGCCAUUCAUUCGCAAUAGAUUCUAUGAAUUCUUCAAAGCCACGCACAUCUUCAUGGCGGUAGUAUUUGUCGUGUUCUUCUUCCUUCACUGCGAUUUCCGGCUCUCUUCCUGGGACUACUUCAUAGCCUCGGGUGUGAUCUACUUCCUAAGCCUGAUCGCCAGCCACAUCCGUACCUAUCUAAUGCAUGGAAUCCACAACGCAACUAUCGAACUUCUCCCCAGCGGUCUUGUCCGCGUGGUAGUCCCAUCAAUUAUCAAAUGGACCCCCGGUCAGCACGUAUUCGUGCGCUUCCUCACAUCAGACCUACACCUACUCACCGCCCACCCCUUUACCAUUUCCUCCACAUGUCGCAAUCCAGACGAAAUAGGCAAAGCCUCGGAACUAGUAUUCUACAUCAAACCACGCGACGGUGUCACUGGACGCCUUAGAGCAAUGGCAGCCAAGAAUCCAGGCUGCACGAAGAACAUCUUGAUAGAGGGACCGUAUGGCGGCGUCAGCAAACCUCACAUGGCGCAAUUUGAUACGAUUCUAGUGAUAGCCGGUGGCUCGGGAGGCGGGUUCUCACUAGCCAUGGUAGACGAAGCGCUCCGGUUGACGGAGAUAAACGCACCAGGCGAGAAACGACCACUCUCCAGGCGGAACCUUCAAGUCGUCUUCUCGACCCGCGACCACGCCAUGGCAGAUUGGUAUAUCGAUGAAAUCGACUCACGACUCUCAAAAUCGACUAUGUUAUCUGCGGAUUCAGACAAGGGAUUCGAGACUGCGGUGUCUGUACACGUCACUGACCAGCCUGGACAGGGGAUUUCCUCGACUUCGGAGUUGGACAAUGUUAAGGGCACGGCUGGUAAAGUACCGCCGGCUGAGAUUACUACCACUGGAAAUUUCACUUUGAAUGUCCGCCGCUAUUCUCGCCCUGAUAUUCCUAGUCUGGUUGCACGCACUAUUGCGAUGGCACAUAAUCAAGGGACGCAUCUUGAGAAAAAGCAGCGGGUUGGGGUUUUGGUUUGUGGCCCUGCUUCUAUGCUUCAUGAUACACGGAACGCGGCGGCUUUGGCGCAGGCCAACGUGCUCAAGGGCGAGGUUGAGGAGCUGUAUUUGCAUUCUGAACCUUUUGUGUGGUGA